AUGCCACACGGAUGCUGCGUAUUCGAGCUUGGGUCGCACUGGUUCCAGGCUGCCCAGUGGAUGCUGUCUUUGGCUAUCAUGUUGUUCGUGAUGUUCGUGACGGUGCCGUGGAACGGAGGCAAGCUACCCAGCGCCCCCGUGAAUGCUAUCUAUGGCGGGUUCCACCGGCUACUCUGGAGUGCGGGUUUACUCUGGCCAUGCUACGCCUGCGCCACAAACCGUGGAGGAUGGUUCAACAGCUUCUUCUCGUGGACGGCGUUCCGGCCCCUGUCAAGGUUGACUUUCUGCAUCUACCUUACGCACGUACCCGUGUUCUACAUUCGCACAGGAAAUAUGAGGACCAAUUUCGAGCUGAGCGAGUUUUUUCAGCUCAGCACCUCAAUGGGAAUCUACUGCUUCAGUGUCGUGUUCGGGUUAGCGCUGCACUUGUGCGUGGAGGCACCCGUCUCGCACCUGCAGAAGUUCCUCUUCGAAGGCGACUCUGAGAAGAGCAAGGCGUCUGCUGAUGUCAAGCCAUCGCCAAUCGAGAACGGGGAACAACGGUCAAAGCUAUAGGAACCGCCUUGCUGUAUAAGGAAAGGAGUCGUUUUUUUCUUCCUCUUUAAAACCAGUUCAGCAGUCAUUCUUGGCACCCUGAUUAUUACUUCAGCCUUAAUCACUGAUGCUAGCACAUCACUAGGUUAAAGUAAAGCUUCGGUUAUGUUGUUUCGGUGACGGAAAAUCAUGAACAUGGUGCUCGGCGGACGACACGCAUAAGUUAUUUACUGUGACACUGUACUUUAUUACCAUCCCUUGUUUGUUACUCUUCACGUGACACGUGGUCGAAAUAAAGACGUUCGCACAAUCAAAACGUCUCUGGUUUGCGAAACGCUUCACAGGGAGGUCGCAAAACAUUCAGUCUGUUCCACAUGCACCUUUUCUUAUAUUCUGUUUAUAUUGUUAUAUUUCCACUUAUGUGUUAUAUGAUGUGAAACUGCACA